AGAGUCUUCCAAUAACAAUAGUUUGAGAUUAUCAUUCGAUUUUUUUUUUUUUUUGUCUCUUAUAUUAAAUUUGUUGCUUAAAGAGUUAAUUUAGUUAAGAAUCUAUAUCUGCAAAUUUAAUGCUACUCGGUAGCUGCUCUAGAAUGAACUUCAAAUUUAUUCUUUGUUAAGUUUAAGGUUAGGAUAUGUUAACCUCAUGCUUGAUUAAACAGAUAAAUUCAUCAUUCUCCCUCUCAAACAAGCAAUAACAAAUUAAAUUAAACCCAAUAACUCCAGAAUUUGUGCAAGUCCAAUCCAACACUCAAUUGAUACAACAAUAGCGAUGCAAAUUGAAGAACAAAAACUGGAAAUAACAGUAGAAAAGGAAAAAUAAAGUCUCCAAAUGGCUAGGCAAUAGGGUUGCCAAAAUCCCGCACAAGGCAACAACCUUCUCCCCAAUUCUUUUGAUUUCCUCUUAAUCUCUUUCUGUGUUGCCCGCUGUUUUAUAGCUGCUUCUUUGGAUAUUCCAUCAGUGCCCUUUUCAUUUCUAUGUGUAUGACUCUCUUUACAUCACUAACUGGUUUUGCCACUUCAUUGCAAGAGGAAACUCUCCCUAAGGACUGCCACCUCCUUAAUUGGGGCCUAACAAUAACACUAAAGCCAAGUUGACCAUAGGAUAUUUUACAAGCAUUCAAAGGAUUGGAAAGUUGCUAUUUUAAUUGUAUAUGUAGAUGAUAUAAUUUUAACAGGUAAUGAUUAUAUAGAGUCGCAAAAUCUAAAGGAAAAAUCUGUUGAAGACUUUGAAAUCAAAGAUUUCGGUUAGCUUAGGUGCUUCCUCGUUAUGGAAUUUGCAAGAUCCAAGGAAGACAAUUUUGAUUAUUUGGUUGACAAGCUGUCUAUGGAAGAUAUCUUCAAGCUAACUUGAGGGGGAGUGUUGAAAGGAAAGAAAUCUUGUAAGGACCAGAUUAUUAGGGAUUAAUUAACUGAUUUUAUUGUGGUAAUUUAGAAAUAGAUAAGUGUAGAAUAUUUUAAAUAUAGGAUUUAUAGUUUUAUGGUAUGUAAAUCUCCUAUAUAAAUAGGACCCAUGUAUAUUCUAAAGAAACAUAGAAAAAAAGUAGUUACCCACUAUUUUAUUCUUGUUUUCAGUCUUCAUGUUAUAGAGAUACUGUACUGUCAAGUACUAAAUUGGAAACUUCUUAAGGGAAAUAUUCUGUUUGCUUCUAGAGAUGAAGCUCUUUUUUGCCGGAUAAGUGUGACAUUUGUUGAUAAAGAUGGAGAGGAAAAGAACAUUAAGGUUCCUGUUGGGAUGUCUAUGUUAGAAGCAGCUCAUGAGAAUGAUAUAGAACUUGAAGGCGCAUGUGAAGGCUCACUUGCAUGCUCAACAUGUCAUGUAAUUGUUGUGGAUGUGGAGCAAUACAAUAAAUUAGAAGACCCAACCGAUGAGGAAAAUGACAUGUUGGAUCUGGCUUUUGGGCUUACUGAGACGUCUCGUCUGGGAUGUCAAAUAAUUGCAAGGUCUGAACUUGAUGGAAUUCGCUUGGCCAUUCCUGCUGCCACUCGAAACUUAGCUGUAGAUGGUUAUGUACCAAAGCCACACUGGAUAUACUACAACAAAAUUAGCGUUAAGUUAGGAUGCAAUCAUCCAAUUUUGGUUCAUGGGCAAUUGUUAUACCUUGUCAUUGAUUUUUAAUUAUAUUGGGUACCGAAUAAACAGCAGAUAGAUUAAACAAUUCUGGCGGAAAAUCUUUAGCACAAGCCUGAUUGUUAAUUAACUGACUGAAAUUUUGAUUGGUUUAGAAUUGGAAAUAUAAGUGUCAAAGUGGUCUUUCAUAUUCUUCUCUCUUUCAACUCUAGUCUGGUUGCUCAGUCUUGGGCUAUGCAAGAAGAUAUCUUUGUAAAUUCAGUUUAUUCAAUUUCAUUGCUGUUGGUAUUUUGUAGAACUGCAUUACACCAGAGCAUCAUCUGUAUGGCAGAACAUUGCCUGGGUUUGUUUAUAUAUGUUGUGGUUGAGU